AUGAGGGGAGACGAGGGAGAGGGAGGUAGGGAUGGGGGAUUAGUUGUAGCUAUCAUGACUGUUGGAGGAGAUGAGGAGGGGGAGGAGGAGGGUGAGGAGGAUGUGGACAUUGGUGGUGACACCAGUUCUAGUAGUGAGGAUGAGGAUGAUUCUUCAUUAGGGUCAUCUAGCAACGAUGAGGGAGAUGAUGAUGAUUAUGACAUGCUAGAGCCCGAGGAUGUGCUUGCUAUAGAGCCUCAAGAUGCCAUUCAUAUCGAGGAUGAUACAGAAGAAGAGACUACAAGAGACAAUAUUCUAGAGACUGACAUAGAAGAUGCACCAAAAAAAUCAAAAGAGCCUUUGAUAGAAGAAAGUAUUUACAAAGAUAAUAUCCAAGGAGAAGAUUUGUCACAACUAAAUGUGGAGAUUGAAGAGACAAAAAGGGAUGCUGAAGCAAAUAAGCCUGUUGAAAUAGCUAUUGAAACAAUGGAUAUGAAUGUAUUGACUAAGGAGAGUGAAGAGGCUUUACAUUAUAUGAUCGGUGGAGGAGACACAUAUGAUGAAAAAAGGCAUGAACCUCCUCACAUCCCAAAAGAGCACCAAGAAGAAGAAAUUACAAAAGAUGGAAAUGAAGAAGUUCUUAAAGAACAUCAUGAAAAGCAAGAUGAUAAGCCUCUAAAGGAACAAGAGUAG